AUGACAGAACAAAAUAGUUCGAGAGGUUUUUACAAUCGUAAGUCUCAGAAUGAAGUUCUUCAACAGGAGAGAAUUUCCUUUGGACGUUCAAAUUCUGUAAACUAUGAAACAAAUAAGUAUACAUGGGAACAUUGUAACGACCUUUCACUCGAAAGUAAUGACGAAGACACAGAAGGAUAUAUUGUUGAACAAGAAGAUUCUUCUACGAGAACACCACAAGACCCUAGUGUAAAGAAAAUAAUUGCAAAGGCAAGAGGUACAGACUCCAUUCAGUCUGAAGGUUCUGGAAUUAACGGUUCUGCUAAUGCACCAGAAGAUAAAAUGUGUCGUAUAUGUUUUGCCGGUUCAGAAGAGGAAGAUAACCUUGGCCGUCUUAUUUCACCGUGUCAAUGUAAAGGGACUAUGAGGUAUGUUCAUGUGGAAUGUUUAAAUCAUUGGAGGUUACAAAGUCAAAAGAAAACCAGUUUUUUUCAGUGCGAUGAAUGUAAAUACAAAUAUGCUUUCCGAAGAACGAAAAUGGCUAAAUUCGCUACUAAUGAAUGGUUUCUUGCAAAAUUUUUUCUUUAUCUCUUCCCUCUUACAGAGGAUUUAGAGGAUGAAGAAGAAAGUGAAGAUGAUUUAGUAGAACCAUUAUUUACAGAACCUAUCACCGUAUCAACGAUCUUUACUAUUGACUACUUUCAUGUCGUGUUAGGAUUUAUGUUUGUAGGCCUUGUAGGAUUCUUACAAUUGUUCUUUUCUUUAAUGUGGUUUGGGCCACUCCCUUCAUGGAAUACUUUUAGGAUCGGAUCAGCUAGUGGAGGCGGUAGCGGAAGACGCGCUGAUGGUUUUACAGUUUUUUUUUUCACAAUUAUCAUCAUUCUUGGUACCCUUAAAGCCACUUGGGGGAUGUAUAAAUUGGUUAGGAGCGCAAGUAGAAAAUUAUUAGAAAAAGUUGAAAUGACCAUUCUUGAAGUGAAUGAGGCCUAA